AGAGAAAGUUCAGCUUGGUGGAACUUGUUGAUUACUUCUUUAGUGAAACCAAAGAAGCAGGACUCAGCAGGUUUGAAGAGGUCCCGGUGGUCUUCAUCUUUGACGGCCUGGAUGAGUGUCGACCUCCUCUGGACUUCCCAACACUGAGAUCCUGACUGAUGUUACAGAGUCCACCUCAGUGGGUGUGAUGAUGACAAACUCAUCAGGGGGAAUCUGUCCCUCUGCUCGGCUCUGGAUAACCACACGACCUGCAGCAGCCAAUCAGAUCCCUCCUGGGUGUGUUGACAUGGUGACAGAGGUCAGAGGGUUCACUGACGCCCAGAAGGAGGAGUACUUCAGGAAGAGAUUCAGAGAUGAGGAGCAGGCCAGCAGAAUCAUCUCCCACAUCAGGAGAUCCCAAAGCCUCCACAUCAUGUGUCACAUCCCAGUCUUCUGCUGGAUCACUGCUACAGUUCUGGAGAAGGUGUUGGAGACCAGAGAGGGAGGAGAACUGCCCAAGACCCUGACUGAGAUGUACAUCCACUUCCUGGUGGUUCAGUCCAAACAGAAGAAUGUCAAGUAUGAUGGAAGAACUGAGACAGAUCAAACCUGGAGUCCGGAGAACAUGGUGAUGAUCAAGUCUCUGGGGAAACUGGCUUUUGAGCAGCUGCAGAAAGGCAACCUGAUCUUCUAUGAAUCAGACCUGACAGAGUGUGGCAUCGAUAUCAACGCAGCCUCAGUGGUCUCAGGAGUGUUCACACAGAUCUUUAAAGAGGAGAGUGGACUGUACCAGGACAAGGUGUUCUGCUUCGUCCAUCUGAGUGUUCAGGAGUUCCUUGCUGCUCUUCAUGUCCAUCUGACCUUCACGGACUCUGGAGUCAACCUUCUGGCAGAAGAACAAACAACAUCCAAGCUGUCUAAAUUCUUCAGAGUCAGACUAAAACAAACAUCAUCAGCACAGUUCUACCAGAGAGCUGUGGACAAGGCCUUACAGAGUCUAAAUGGACACCUGGACUUGUUCCUCCGCUUCCUCCUGGGUCUUUCACUGCAGACCAAUCAGAGUCUCCUACGAGGUCUGCUGACACAGAGAGGAAGUUGCUCAGAGACCAAUCGGGAAACAGUGAAGUACAUCAAGAAGAAGAUGGAUAAGAAUCUGUCUGCAGAGAGAAGCAUCAAUCUGUUCCACUGUCUGAAUGAACUGAAUGAUUGUUCUCUAGUGGAGCAGAUCCAACAGUCCUUGAGAUCAGGAAGUCUCUCCACAGAUAAUCUGUCUCCUGCUCAGUGGUCAGCUCUGGUCUUCAUCUUACUGUCAUCAGAAGAAGAUCUGGACAUGUUUGACCUGAAUAAAUACUCUGCUUCAGAGGAGGCUCUUCUGAGGCUGCUGCCAGUGGUCAAAGCCUCCAAAAAAGCUCUGCUGAGUGGCUGUAACCUGUCAAAGAGAGGCUGUGAAGCUCUGUCCUCAGUUCUCAGCUCCCAGUCCUCUAGUCUGAGAGAGCUGGACCUGAGCUGA